UUUUUUUUUGCGAAAGUAACGCUUGUUGAUGAUUUUUGAUUAUUGUGUAAAGCGCGGUGUGCUCGCUUGGCUUGCAAGUGCUUUUAUUUGUCGUUCGAUAUUUGUUUUUUUUGUAAUCUAGGCGCUUUCAAAGCCGCCAUUUUUCAAAGGAAAGAAUACAAAACAUUUUCAUUUUGCAAAAAUUGUAAGCUGUUUGAAGCGUUUACAAAACCUACGGAAGGAACUUAAUUGCAUUAACGAAACGGAUUGUAUGUACGAAUCGAUAAACAGGAAAAAUCAUUAACGUUGCUGCAUCAUGUUGUCAGUAUUACAAAAUUGGUGGAUAAAUUCUGCGGAAAAAAGAAGGGAUAAACUGAUAGAGAAAUAUGAGCAGGAAGAGGCGUAUUUAGAUAAAGAAAUUGCUAGGGAAACCAUUGAAAUUGAUCGCCAGACAACAACAUCUUGUAUGCAAAAUCUUAUUGGAGGUGUUCCAACUUCACUUCAUUCCAAUAACAGUGAUGCACAAAAAAAAAGCGAUUGUUUUAAACGCACCGGAAUCAUCACCAGUCUGAACAGCAAUCAUGCAACCAUAGAUAAGAGUAUACUUUUUGAAAUCAAUACCUUGUCCAUUCCUGGCGAAAUGAGAAUAGGCUCUCGCGUCGAAUAUUUAGGUUACAAGGAUGAAACUACGGAGGAGAUUAAAAUUGUUAAAAUUGAUCUCAUCGUUGAAGAUUCCUGGGAUGAAGGGCCGCCCAGUGAAGAGAAAAUUCAAGAAGAGAUAAAUGGCCUGAAAAAUGAAAAACCUACUUAUUUUAACAUAGUUCAGCGUAAUAUUUUGGGCGUAAUAACUGAAUGCAAGCCUGAUUCGAUUCUCAUUGAUACCGACUACAAGACAAUGAAUGUUCGUUUCGAUUCCGUAAAGAUUCACUUUAGUCCCAAGGCAGGCGAUAGAGUUAGUAUUUGCUGUAAUGUCCAAAGUGAUGACGGUUUCGUCGAUAAACAUGGCGAGAUUUUAGACCAAAUCAGUGUGGACCCAGCCCUAAUUUUUACUCAGCAAAGGUGUACGGUUGAUCGGAUCUUCUCGGAUUUGGGCGUUCUCAACGAAAAAGCGUAUUUCACAUUCGACAUACUACCAAGCGGCUGUAAAUUAAAUGAGGGUGACAUUGUGAACGCGGAUUUAAUAGAAUGCUACUGGGGUCAAUACGAAUGGCGUUGCAUUAAGUUGUCGUUGAUAGAGCAAGCUGGUCAACCGUCGUCAAAACUACGUUCGCCACCCGACUCCCGAUCAGAAAACCGUGCUGUUGAUGUCAGCCCUAAUAUUACUACCGUUUUUAGUUCGACCUUCCAAAAGCGUGAACUGGAAUUUUCUUGCACUAACAAUUAUGAUCGAAUUUUCCGCAUACUAUCUAUUGAAUUUAUUUCACGUAGGCGGAGAGGUCUGUUGCGCUUAGUUGAUGGUGAACUGGCGAAUGGAUUUGAUCUUGGACCUAACGAGAAGCGUUUGCUGAGAUUUGAGGUUGAGCCUCAAGCGUAUGGUGACUUUUAUGAACAAUUUGUUAUAAAAUUUGAAAAUUUUCGCGUUAAACGCUGCGUUAACAUUGUUGUUUGCGAAAAUGAGAAGCAAGCUGAAGCUGUAAGACAAAGUUUGAGCAAAGCAGAUCACAAUGGCAAAAUAUCAUAUAAUGAUAGGAACAUGUCACAAACAUCCCGUUUCUACGCUAGUCAGAUAUGGUCCAAACACACAGAGUGUACACCAGGUAUGCGUAUGCAACCCAAACGUCGCUUUGUAGCCACUCGUAUCGGAAGCUUUGAUGUACCCGAACGAUUAAAACGGGCGUAUCUUACUUCGAGUUGCAAGAAGGACAUGUUCGAAAACAUUGAAUAUAUGUUCCCGAGUUUUAAAGAAGAAUUAAACAUAAGUAACUACGUGAGUCGCUUUCAAACACUCUUAUAUUUAGAAGAGAUUGAGUGUUUUGUCAAUUUUCGCAUGUAUGACCGUGAACGAGCGCAUUUCACACGUGAGAAAGAAUAUUUAGCUCUGACCAUAGAAAAUCUUUCCGAACGCCGUCCAUCGUUGGUAAUUGGAGACAUUGUUAAAGCCGAAAAUCCCUGGGCUGACGGCAAAAAUGCCAAACGCAUGUAUGAAGGAGUGAUUCACAAAGUACUUUUCAAUCGCAUUCUGCUUAAAUUCGAUGCUAACUUUCAGCAAAAGUAUAAUGGCGAAGAUUAUCGUUUAGAAUUUUACUUCUCCCGGUAUGGCUACCGGAAACAGCACCACGCCGUCUUACGAGCGGUUAAGAAUUUAGGCGAACAGUUCUUGUUUCCAUCCGGAGCACAGACGCGUGGAUGCCCACAAUUGGAUAUAGAGCUAGACGAUGAGGAAAACCUCUUGUUAGGCAGCUCCCAGUGUAAAUGGCACAAUUGCAUACUGAACUCUAUACAGAAAAAAGCCAUAGCAAAUAUACUACGAGGAGAAGUUUACAACAUGCCAUACGUGAUUUUCGGACCACCCGGCACAGGAAAAACUGUAACGCUAGUGGAGAGCAUUUUGCAAAUUUUUAAACUGAUACCCAGUGCACGUCUACUUGUAGGCACACCUUCCAAUAGUUCUGCUGAUUUAAUAACGACGCGUUUGAUCGAAUCCGAUGUACUCAAAAUGGGUGAGUUUAUACGUCUAGUGUCCCAGAAUCAAGUCGAAAAAGAACUUAUACCAGAGCAUUUGAUGCCGUAUUGCGCAACAGCGGAUAUUGGCAUAGAUGACACCUGUAAAGAUGAUAUGAUUGUGACUGAGUCCGGACUCAAACUAAAAUGUCAAAUGAAAUAUUUAGGGCGCCAUCGAGUAACGAUUGGUACUUGUGCUACCCUAGGGACUUUUUUGCAAAUGGGUUUUCCACCCAAUCAUUUUACGCAUGUGCUAAUUGAUGAAGCCGGCCAGUGCACAGAAACUGAAAUUAUGGUUGCUGUUGCUCAAGUAUCAAAAGAGCGUGGCCAGGUUAUUCUUGCUGGAGAUCCCCAUCAAUUGCAAGCAGUCGUUAUAAACAGAUAUGCUCGUGAACGCGGUUUUUCGCUAUCAUUUUUGGAGAGAAUUCUUUCGCGUGCUCCAUACUUAAGAAACGUUGAUAGUUUUCCCCUUACAUGUGGUUUCGACCCUCGCCUGGUUACAAAAUUACUCUACAAUUACCGGGCGUUGCCCUCCAUAUUGAAUGUUUAUAAUGAACUGUUCUAUAAUGCGGAACUGGUACCAAUGAUAAGAGAAGAGAAUUCUAUGGAAGCUAAAAUGCUGAAGCAACUUGACGAUUUACUUCCGCAAUCAUCAAAUCGACCCAAAGCACAUGGCAUAUUCUUCUGCGGAAUACAAAGUGAAAAUAUGCAGGAAAAAGACUCGCCGUCGUGGUAUAAUCCUUACGAAGCGAAGAAUGUCUUUCUAAUGACAAUCAAAUUGUAUCGUAAUAACAUUAAAGCUGAAUCCAUUGGCAUCAUAACUCCGUACAUGAAACAGGUUAAACAUUUGCGAAAACUUUUUGUUGAUGCCGACGUAGCGAUGCCUAAAAUUGGUUCUGUGGAGGAAUUCCAAGGACAGGAACGCGAUAUAAUAUUAAUUUCAACAGUGAGAUCAAGCAAGGAGCAUAUACCUAGCGAUGUGCGCCAUGCAUUAGGUUUCAUUCAAAACGAGAAACGGAUUAACGUGGCGAUAUCUCGACCUCGUUGCCUUCUUAUAAUAUAUGGCAACCCCUAUUUACUCCUUUUGGAUUCUCGUUGGCGCACGAUUAUAAAGUACUGCGCCGAUAAUGAUGCCUACCUCGGUUGUGAUUUGCCGGCAGCAUUGUCUGACCCAUCAAAGCUAGCGGAAGGGACAGUUAACAAUCAAGAUAAUUAAGCUACUUUUGGCCUCAAUGUUCAGUCCUUAACAUUAAUUAAUAAAUAAA